AGUCAUGAAUGAGCGACCAAUGGGUUAAACAAUGUUAGCGUAGCAGAACAUGAAUCGUUUUUGGGUGGAGACGAAUUGGAAAACCAUUCUGUUCUCCGCGGUUUUUUUGCUCAGUUGUUGGCAAGCACAGUGCAUUCACGUACACGAGCAGGAGCAAUAUCAACAGCUGGGAUUUCCAGGAAGGAAGCCUUAUUUUCAAAAAUCGGUGUACCAAGCUAUUAGCAUUCGCACGGGGUCAAAUGACUUUUUAUAUUUGAAAAAUGGACCAAUAAUUUUAGAAAACUGUGAGUCAAUCGAAACCAAGAUUCAGAUAGUAUUCGAUAAGAAUAAGUAUGAACCAGUGAUAAACACGUUGGACAACUGUGGAAUAUUUUUUUUCCUGUAUGUGAAAAAUCACACGUUUUUGGAUAGACAUCCGUUGGAUUAUAUACAUCUUAGAGCUGUCCACGAAGAAUACAUCUUUGAUAUGGCAUCAAUAGUGGUGAUGACCAAGGAAAGUCAGGACUCCAACAAUCACAUUUUUGACGUCGAUGGAACAGAUUACAUUAUACUGAAUUAUUUCCAAUUCAAAAUAUUUCUCUAUACCAUUCUUUCAAUCAGUAUUUUAAUAUUAUACGCCGAAAUAAAGGAUUUAUUGAUGCGAUAUCGAAAUAGGGAUAUGUACCGGCAAUUGAGUGAUACAAUAAAUUAUAUUUAAUGUUUUUUUGAAA